UCUCGAGCUCCAUUCACAUUAUAUACCACUAAAACCAGCUUCUUCCUCUCUCCGUCCAUGAGCUUCUUUCUCUCUCCGUCCACGAGCUUCUUCCGCCGCUGCCGUCAUUGCUCGCGUCGCAGAUCUCUCUGUCAUCCCUUGCGUCGCACGAGCCCCCUCCUUGUGAUUCUGUUGCUUAGGGUUCAAUUUUUCUGUGCCAAUUUUAGUUUCUAUCACAUGCUGGUAUCUCGAAACCGAUGGUGAUUGAUGUAUUAGUUAGCCUCUUCUGUUGUUCUAUUAUAUCUGUAGAGACGUUGUGGGAUGGUGGUUGACUUCUAUGCCAGUUGCUUCCUUACAGUGAGUCAGAGUUCAACAGCAACCACCUUAAGAUGGUGUUUUGCUCUUAAUAGUUUUUCUCAUCAAAUGGUUUUCCUUGCCCAAGUCUCUAGAAUCCUCCUGAUCACUUUGUAAAAAUUAUUAACAAGGAUUUUGAACAGGUAGGUAGAAUAUGAAUCACUCUAUGAUCUUUACUGAACAACAAUUUAUUUUAAAGGUUACAAUGAUAGGUAGAAUAAAAAUCACUCUAAUAUCUUUCUUGUUUUGCUUGAUGGAUUAAGUCUAGGUAUAGCUUGCCACUUAUUUUAUGCCUUCAACUUUCUCUGAUUUCUCAUUCAUACGAAGGUAAACAAAAACAACCCUCCUACCCCCAAAACACACAUUCAUUCAUAUGAAUGGAAUUUAUGGAAUGAAAACAUAAGGUGGAGAUGCUUUGAUGUAAAAUACUUUCUAUAUAAGUAGACAAGCAUUUGAUUUUAAAUAACUGCAUUAUUAUUGAUCAUGAUAGUUUAGGUAAGUUAGUUUUAGUUUUAGGCAUGUAAUAUCUUAUAUGUACUCAAAUUGAUUCUUAACAUAUUAAAAUAACUUGCUGGAGGUGAAGGGUUGGAUCAAAAAAUUAAAAAGAAGAGAUCUGUUGGAGCUGUAGGAAACAGAGUCAUGACUGGUGAAAGAAAUGUGAAACGAUAUGCUCUUCCAAAGGCAAAUGCUGAUUCAAAGAUGCGUUUUUAUGAUACACAGGGUUUCAGUUGAUUUCAAGACCCAGUUGGUGGGAAAGUCCGGUGUUACCCCCAAUUUUGCAACCUCUUUCAUUGAGACACUUGAAGCCAAUGAGCUUCUCAAGGUCUUGGUAGGUCAGAUGUAUUACAGUGGUUAUGGUGUUCCCAAAGAUGACGAGAAGAGCAGAGAACAGGCCACUGAACGUGCCCUUGAUUGCACCUUUUACCAUUGCAUCAUCAAGGUUGGAGAUGGUAGAGAAUGUGGCCAUUAGAAUUGAACUCAGCAAUGGCUUUGUGGGUUGGGGUGAGGCACCAAUUCUACCUUUUGUUACUGCUGAGGACCAGAAAACUGCCAUGGCCAAGGCUUCUGAGGCAUGUGCCUUUCUCAGGAGAUGUCCUUCACUGACACUGGGUUCCAUGUUGGAGGAAAUUGCUGCUAUUAUUCCUGGCCAUGAAUUUGCUUCUAUGAGUGACAUUCAGUUAAACUCUUCAUCUUCAUCAUCAUAUUAAUUUUUUCUACUCAUUCUAAUGUUUUCCUUUUGUACUUUUGAAAGGGACGUUUUGCAUGCCCCUUUGCUACAUGAAUUCAUAUGGCUUUGAAUUAACUACGAUCCUUUUUAUUAUUGGUAAUUAAGGAAAUAAGACAAGACUUGUAAAAUUUGAGAAAGUUUUAGUCUUCAAUUAGGCAUUGUAUUUUGUUGUAUUUAUUUGGUUGACUUUUACCAUUAUGCCCUGCUUUUUGCGCCUAAAAUUUCUGCUUUGAUUCUUGUCUUUGGUUGCUUUUGAGAAAAUGUGUUGUUUCAAGGUAGUUUAGAUUGUUUGAAAGUUGCUAGCUUUUUCUGCACAGGAAUCAAUAUCAAAAUGUACAAAGAAAAAUGAAUCUUGUCCUGGUGCUUUCUAAAGGAUAAUUCAACAUUUUUCCUUCAUAGUACAUAAUUUCCUCUUAAUACUACUAUAGCAAUAAAGCUAUUUUCAUUUCGUUGGGAUUUAUGUAAUGUUAAAGAAACUUGGUUAAUGGAAAUAAUAAUAAUAAUAAUAAUAAUAAUAAUAAUAAUAAUAAUAAUAAUAAUAAUAAUGGAAUGGUGGAAGUUGCAAAGAAUAAUAAGAGAGGACACAAUAAUAGUAGUAAGCAAACUGUUCAUAGAAAAUCCAUUGAGACAUUUGGUCCAAGAACUUCACAGUACAGAGGUGUCACAAGGCAUAGAUGGACCGACAGAUAUGAAGCACAUUUGUGGGAUAAUAGUUGCAAAAAAGAAGGGCAAACUAGGAAAGGAAGACAAGGUGGCUAUCAUAUGGAAGAAAAAGCUGCAAGGGCUUAUGAUCUUGCAACCCUUAAGUAUUGGGGACAUUCAAUACACAUAAAUUUUCCGAACUUGUUAUGUUGGUUGUGCAAUUGGGAAUGUGAUAAGGAUACUGUUACAGAGGGCAAGCAUAUUUUUGGUGUUGCUUACAUUUUUGCAUCAUUCAAUGACACCUUUAUUCAUGUGAUUGAUUUGUCUAGAAAGGAAAUCCUUGUCCGCAUCACUGAGUUUGGAAUGCUUUCAAGGCUCCCAUUCCGUCAGAGAAUCCGUCUGUAAUUACAGACGAAAAAUCCGUCAGAAAAUCCGUUUGUAAUUAUCAACAGAAAAUCUGUCGGAAAGUUCGUCGUCCUCAGAAUAUGAAUGGAGAAUUUACAGAGGGCAAAUCCGUCGGUAACUAGUAAAAAUCCGUCGGUAAUUUUCCGACGGAAAAAAAUUCGUCGGUGAAUAAUUUUCAACGAGCUUUUACAGAGGGAUAAAAUCCGUCUGUAAUUUUGUCGGUAACCAAAAAUUCGUCUGUAAUAAAGACUAAAUCUGUCUGUA